CAUUUUCUUGUGAUCCAAAGAUCUAAUCUAAUAAACCCUAGAAAGAUUUUCUGUUUGUUUCCUUCGACUUCGUCUUCAACAAAACACUAUGAGUGAAUCAGGAAAGGAUAGCAAUCAGCAGGAGUACAAACAUCAUCAGGAUCAGCAGCAACCGCCGCCUCAUCAGUAUGGUACUUUCCAGGGCGUUCGCAAUUAUCCUCCUCCGCCGGUGAUUGGCUUCCCUCAGCCUAUGCCGCAGCCCGGAGCAUCAGGUGGACCUUCCGUUAACCCUUACGUCCAUGGCUACCAGGCCGUCCCAGGUUAUGCAGUUGCUGAAGGAAGACCUGUGAGAGAACGUCGCCUUCCUUGCUGUGGUAUUGGUAUUGGGUGGUUCUUGUUCAUUGUUGGUUUCUUCUUAGCUGCAAUCCCCUGGUAUGUUGGAGCAUUUAUUCUACUAUGUGCUAGAUAUGAUGAUCGAGAGAAACCUGGAUAUGUUGCAUGCCUAAUUGCCGCUAUUGUUGGAACGAUUGCUGUGAUUUGUGGUGUUACAAGUGGUUGACUUAUUGGUUAAGCAAUUAAUCGAGGUGAGAGUUGUACAAACCAAACAAAUAAGAAGUCGACUGCUGCUGCUGCUGAAUAUAUGCUACGAUAUGAAUCCAGUGGUCGUUUUUUAUUUGAAUGGUUGUGUAUUGUGGUGUGAAUUUGUUAAAAUGACCCUAAAAGUCGAUAAUUGCAUUUAUCUGUCUGUCUCUUGUAUAUACAAACAUUUCUUAUUGCAAACUUGUAACAAACACCUUUUCCAGUCACUAUAUACUUUGUCUUUUUGUUGUAUACAGAAUUAUCUUUCUUGCUCU